GCGCGCACGGCAGCCCGCGCGCACGCUGCGUCUGAGCGAGGGGGGCUCUCUCAUCACAUCGCAUCGAAAAGCCCAACUUUGAUUUUCACCUCCACGAAAUUUACCACGAAUUAUUUCUCCGCCACCUUACCCCCCUUCUCUGUUGGCUUUCUUUCUCUUAUUUUUUCCUUUCCUACUCUCUUUUUCUUCUUUUUUUUCCUUCGUCCUCCUCCUGAACCACCCCUCCCUUCCCUUUCCCGCUUCAUCCACCACACUCAUCCUCCUCACGCGAUGCCUUCAUCCCCCCUUUCUCCCCGCGCCGAGGAGCCCCAGCCCGAGCCCCAGCAGGCUGCAGCAGCCGCGGCGCUGCUGUAGGACUCCAGCAGCAUCCCCCCUCCCUCCGCCCCGCAACUCAGCGCCGCAACGCCGCUGCCCGCAGCCCCCGCUGGCCCGAGGAGCACAUGGCGACGGAGAGCAGGUGAUCGAGGUCGCACGUCGAGUCCGUUUUCUCCUGAGACAGAAUCCUCAAGAGCAGGAAUUGCUCCCCUUUUUAUAAUCACCCCCCUCCUCUGCUUCCUUUCCUCCCUGCCAUUCUCCUCCACCAACACCAACACCACCUCCAGCAACGCUGCGUCGAUGUCCUUGGAGCAUGGCCUGGCUUACACACUCACGACGCCACACUGUUCUCUCUAAACCCUGACCCCCGACCUGCACGCCCGGCUCGUAACACUUUGUUUGUGAUCCCCCGACUCCCUCCUUUAUCCCCGUCCCAGAUGGAUUGGAAGCGUUCCAAUCCCUCGUUCUGUUGACCCUCUGGCCGCGGGGGUAGAGUGGAGCGGGCAGGAUUUCUUAUUUCCCCCCCUCACAUUCAGCCAGAGUUUUGCCCCAGCCGUGCCCUCCUCUGAUGGAGAGUUAGUUAGUUAAGAGACGCAGGUGCAGCCGUGGGAGGGAGAGGAGAGGGUGCGAGCGACAGAGCCACAACACAAUAAACGACACAGGCAAUCCCCAGCGACUGAGACAGAGUCUCAGGGCAUUCCAUAGACCUGGACCAGGAGAAGACGCACAGGCGCGAGUAAAGCGGGCCGAGAAGAAGCCAAAACAGAUUCCAAAAUGUCCACGACAGCCACCAUGGGCGAGAUGGCGAACAGUGCGGUGGAGUUUUACCCCAAGCGGACGGGCAGCAGGGCAGAGGCCAACCACUCGGGCGACUUCGGGGUCAGUCUGGAUGAGCUGCGGUCUCUGAUGGAGCUGCGAGGAGCCGAGGCCCUGCAGAAGAUCCAGGAGAAUUACGGAGACACAGAGGGCCUCUGCCAGAGACUGAAGUCUUCCACCACAGAUGGUUUGUCUGAUAACCCAGCAGACCUGGAAAGGCGGGCGCAGGCGUUUGGUCAAAACUUCAUCCCCCCUAAGAAGCCCAAAACAUUCCUGCAGCUGGUAUGGGAGGCACUGCAGGACGUUACCCUCAUCAUCCUGGAGAUAGCAGCCAUCAUUUCCCUUGGCUUGUCAUUCUACCAGCCUCCGGGGGAGGAGAGUGAAGCCUGUGGGAAUGUGUCAGGAGGUGGGGAGGACGAAGGAGAGGCAGAGGCCGGCUGGAUUGAGGGUGCGGCCAUAUUGCUGUCGGUCAUCUGUGUGGUACUGGUGACGGCUUUCAACGACUGGAGUAAGGAGAAGCAGUUCCGCGGGCUGCAGAGCCGCAUCGAGCAGGAGCAGCGCUUUGCUGUGGUGCGCAACGGCAAUGUCAUCCAGAUCCCUGUGGCUGACAUGGUGGUGGGAGAUGUGGCCCAGGUCAAAUACGGUGACCUCCUGCCCACUGAUGGCAUCCUAAUUCAGGGGAAUGACCUGAAGAUAGACGAGAGCUCCCUCACUGGAGAGUCGGACCACGUGCGCAAGUCAGCGGACAAGGACCCCAUGCUUCUCUCUGGCACCCAUGUGAUGGAGGGAUCGGGUAGGAUGUUGGUGACGGCUGUCGGAGUGAAUUCUCAGUCUGGCAUCAUCUUCACUCUGCUGGGGGCUGGAGAGGGAGAGGAGGAGAAGAAAGAGAAGAAAGAAGAGAGUAGUUACUCACUCACUACUGAGGCCAAACAGAGCAGCAUCACCAAUGGCAAGCAGCCAGAGGCAGCAGUGGAGACCAAUCAGAAUAAAGCCAAGAAGCAGGAUGGCGCAGUCGCCAUGGAGAUGCAGCCGCUGAAGAGCGCGGAGGGGGGAGAGGUGGAGGAGAGGGAGAAGAAGAAAGCCAACGUGCCCAAGAAGGAGAAGUCCGUCCUGCAGGGCAAACUCACCAAACUGGCCGUUCAGAUCGGCAAAGCAGGUCUGGUGAUGUCGGCCAUCACAGUGAUCAUCUUGGUGCUGUACUUUGUGAUCGAGACCUUUGUGGUGCAGAGACGGACCUGGCUGACGGAGUGCACGCCCAUCUACGUGCAGUACUUCGUCAAGUUCUUCAUUAUCGGAGUCACCGUGCUGGUGGUUGCCGUGCCUGAGGGUCUCCCCCUAGCUGUCACCAUCUCUUUAGCCUACUCAGUGAAGAAAAUGAUGAAGGAUAAUAACCUGGUUCGUCACUUGGACGCUUGUGAAACCAUGGGAAAUGCCACUGCCAUUUGUUCGGAUAAGACUGGCACUCUGACCACCAACCGCAUGACCGUGGUGCAGGUACACUUGAACGACCAGCACUUCCGAGAGAUCCCCGAGCCCAGCCAGGUCAACCCCAACACCCUGGAGAUGGUAGUUAACGCCAUCGCUAUCAACAGCGCCUACACCUCCAAGAUAAUGCCUCCCGAUGUUGAAGGUGGUCUGCCUAAGCAGGUGGGAAAUAAGACUGAGUGUGGCUUGCUGGGCUUUGUGCUGGACCUGAAGCGAGAUUAUGCACCUGUUCGUGAGCAGAUCCCUGAAGAGAAGCUCUAUAAGGUCUACACCUUCAACUCCGUUCGCAAGUCCAUGAGCACUGUGGUUCAGCUGCCAGACGGCAGCUUCCGCCUCUACAGCAAAGGAGCCUCCGAAAUCCUCCUGAAGAAAUGUUCAUCCAUCCUAGGUGCAGGUGGUGAGACGCGGAGCUUCAGGCCACGGGACAGGGAUGAGAUGGUGAAGAAGGUGAUUGAGCCCAUGGCAUGUGAGGGUCUGCGUACCAUCUGUAUCGCUUACCGCGACCUGCCCGGAGACCCCGAACCUGAAUGGGAAAAUGAGGCUGACAUUGUUACUGACCUUACCUGCAUCUGUGUCGUGGGUAUCGAGGAUCCUGUGAGGCCUGAGGUCCCUGAAGCCAUCCGGAAGUGUCAGAGGGCAGGCAUCACUGUGCGCAUGGUCACUGGAGACAACAUCAACACAGCACGCGCCAUCGCAGCUAAGUGCGGCAUCAUCCAGCCCGGCGAUGACUUCCUCUGUCUAGAGGGCAAGGACUUUAACCGGCGAAUCAGGAACGAGAAAGGAGAGAUCGAGCAGGAAAGGAUUGAUAAGAUCUGGCCUAAACUGAGAGUUCUGGCUCGUUCCUCACCCACAGACAAGCAUACUCUGGUUAAAGGCAUCAUCGACAGCACUGUGUUGGAGCAGAGGCAGGUGGUGGCUGUGACAGGUGAUGGCACGAAUGAUGGACCAGCUCUGAAGAAAGCAGAUGUGGGCUUUGCCAUGGGCAUAGCUGGUACUGAUGUAGCUAAAGAGGCCUCCGACAUCAUCCUGACUGAUGAUAAUUUCUCCAGCAUUGUGAAGGCAGUCAUGUGGGGGCGGAAUGUCUAUGACAGCAUUUCGAAAUUCCUGCAGUUUCAGCUAACUGUCAAUGUAGUGGCCGUCAUCGUGGCCUUCACUGGAGCCUGUAUCACACAGGACUCUCCUCUGAAAGCCGUUCAGAUGUUAUGGGUUAACCUCAUCAUGGAUACGUUUGCAUCUCUUGCCCUGGCCACCGAACCGCCCACUGAAGCUCUGCUGCUGAGAAAACCCUAUGGCCGCAACAACCCCCUCAUCUCCCUCACCAUGAUGAAGAACAUCCUGGGCCAUGGAGUCUAUCAACUUGUCAUCAUUUUCACCUUGUUGUUUGUUGGAGAGAAGAUCUUUAACAUCGACAGCGGCCGCAAUGCUCCACUGCACUCGCCUCCCUCCGAGCACUACACCAUCAUCUUCAACACCUUCGUCCUCAUGCAACUGUUCAACGAGAUCAACGCCCGCAAAAUCCAUGGAGAGAGGAACGUCUUUGACGGCAUCUUCUCUAACCCCAUCUUCUGCAGUAUCGUGCUGGGCACUUUCGGAGUUCAGAUCGUGAUUGUGCAGUUUGGGGGAAAGCCCUUCAGCUGUGCCCCCCUCAACAUGGAGCAGUGGCUGUGGUGCCUGUUUGUGGGAGUGGGAGAGCUCCUGUGGGGCCAGGUCAUCGCCACAGUGCCCACCAGCCAUCUGAAGUGUCUGAAGGAGGCGGGCACGGGGCCGGGCACUGAUGAGAUGACUGAGGACGAGCUGGCCGAGGAUGAAGAAGAGAUAGACCACGCUGAGAGAGAGCUGCGCAGGGGCCAGAUCCUCUGGUUCAGAGGCCUCAACCGCAUCCAGACUCAGAUGGAGGUAGUGAGUACAUUCAAGAGAAGUGGUUCGUUUCAGGGUGCAGUGCGACGGCGCUCGUCUGUGCUCAGCCAGCUCCAUGACAUGCGGGUGGUGAAAGCGUUCCGUAGCUCGCUCUACGAUGGCAUCGAGAAGCCCGAGUCCAGGAACUCCAUCCACAACUUCAUGGCGCACCCUGAGUUUCUCAUCAACGACUUCAUCCACAACAUCCCGCUGAUCGACGACACGGAUAUCGACGACGAAUCGGAACUGUCCAAGCACAACCACCACUACCAACAACACUACGUGCACCCGGCUCUCCGCAAACCCCCACCUCCUCCCACAGUUCGCCAACAUCCUCGCCCCUACCGCCAAUACAGCCUGCCCGCCACGCCCAACCGCAACAACAACGCCAUUGAGAGCAACGUCCACCACCUGACCCGACCCACAGACCACAUCGGACACUGGACCUCCUUUCCCAGACAGCCGUGCCCCCUCCUCAGCCUGGAGACUUCGUUAUGACUGCCUGUCCAGGGGCCCUGGAGGAAGGCCACCUAAGGGACUCUGAGGAUACAGAAACGUAAGAUGGUGGGUGGGGUGGGGGGGCUCCAGUGGACACAGCAGUUAAGAGUGCUUCUACCCCAACUAUUCAGAAAAAACACAGACCACCAAGUCCACCCAAUCACCAUCAUUCACCCUCACCACCACCACCGUCCACCAAAGUACACCUACGUCUUUAGAGGCCCACAGACACCCACUUCCUCUCACUGUGUAGAGGGGAGGCCAGUGUGCUGUGUGUCUGUGGGGACCAAGAGCAGGCCCCGGAAGGUGAGGAACGCAAUCCCCAUUCGGGACAGGUUGGGAUUGGGGGAGAGGGUGGUAGGGGUUGCGGAGUGUGGGGAGUCAUUUCAGAUGGGACUUUUAACGGUAAAAUCCACGCUUGUGACUUUUGACUCUCCAGAGUGGAAAAAAAGGCAUUCUGAGCUCCCCCAGGCGGAGUAGGGGUCCAGAUCACUCCACUUUUUAUUGAUGUUAUUAACAUCAUUAUUAUUAGUCUCAUAACUACGACCUUAUUAUUCUGACCGUCAUCGUUAGUGCUCGGAUUAUCACCAUCCUGUUUGGACAUGCGACUUUUAUUACUCUAUAACUGAUGCUUUAUGGAUUAGCUUUAACAACAUUAUUUAUUGGACUUUUUUUUAAAUAUUUAUUCAUUCAUUGAAUUAUUUAUUUAGAGUCUAUUUAUUUAUUUAUUUAUUUAUUUCGUCAUCUGCUCUGCAACAUUUUUUUACACUCUCGCUUUGUCUAUUUCUCUCUUUGUGUGUGUAUGUGUUGUGUAUGUCCUGAAAAUAGAAAAGAAAUAACAAAAAUAAGUACUAACAAAAACAAAGUUACAGUAAAAUUUAAAGUAAUUAAAUUAUAAUGCGUCUGCAAAUAGCAAAAUGAAAAAAAAAAAAAGAUUUAUUCAUCCAUUAGAUCAAACUGCAUUUAUCAAAACUUUUUUUUUUUUUUGCAAAAAAUAUUUAAGAGAAACAUUAUUCUUGAUGCCUGUUGUUUGAGUCAGUCGAUAAACUCUCACUGGAAGUACGGUUUGUUUCAACAAAAAAAAUACAUUCUUAUUAUUUUACACUUUUUAUUUAAAAACAUCCUAAUAUGUUGCGUGAAAUAUGCUACAGGGUAGAAGAUUUGGGCAAUCCACCUUUUCACAGACUUUUCCACUGAUAUGUGACAGCUGGCUCUGAUGACUUUGCAUCAUAUCAGUUCAUGCCCUUUGGGUCAUCUCAGUGAUGGCAUCGGCUGAUUUACCACGGCUAAAACUGAAUGUGGAUCUGCCCGGUCUCAGAUUUCCAUCGCAUUAUCAGGACUGUUAAUUUCGUUUUCGUUCGCCAUGGUUUGCGUAUCACGCCAACAGAAAUGCAUUUACCCUUUAAAGCAUUGUGAAAAAGUAUGAUCCUCUCAUUAUCAUAUACAUACUUGCUGGCCCUUUAAAUCCAUUCAUCGUCACUCUUUCAUUUGGAUGUCAUCAUUAUUAUUAUUAUUUUGGUUUGUUCUGAGCUCAUGGAGCAGUGAUAAAUGUUUGUGAAGUCAAACAUCUGACUACAGACUGUGGUUUCAGGGUCUGAACCAGGACAGAAAACCCCCAUAUUCUUAUACUGCCACUAUAACUCUCAUCAUGUGACUAAUAUCAAAGAAACCAAGGAUGGACAAUCUGUGAGACUGGCAUGGCUUUUUAUGUUUUUUGCACAUUUUCAGGGCUCACUGGUUCAGACAAACAGUUUAAAGGUGAAGGACCCCUGUGGUCACCAGUGGACUUUGACAAAAUGCAAAUGAACCCUGUUUUGGUUUGGAUAUGGGUGUGUUUUGGUAUCGGGAACACUGGGAUACCAAAAAACUAGUCGAGACACAUGCUGCCCAGAGCGGCAUGGUGCCCGCGCCAUACCGCAACAUGCAUGAUGUACCAUGACACAUUCUAGAACACUAGAUUCGAGUACAUUCCAUUACCACGCCAUGGGUCUCGGUACCAUAGGGGAUGGCAUCCUCUUACACCCCAUUUAGAUUCUGGGUUGGUACAGCCGAGAUCAUAUUGCUAUCUAGUCAAUGCAUUGCAAUGCAAUACAAUCACCUGGGGAAUGGGACCGGCACUUAUGCAACAGACUGCCCUGUCCACAGCUCUGUGAAAUAAGCUUGAUAAACAUGUACAUAGGGCUCUCAAAAAUCCUUUAUCUGUAUAGAAUACUUUUCUAGAGUGCACAGUUAUCAGAGACUGGCAAAUGUCGAAAGCAUAUAAUGCAAGCAUGAACAUCGGUGGAUCAUGUCAUUGCAUUGCUCCGUGGUGUCUGUGCAGAGCAUGUGUUGAUAAUCAUAGCGUACCUCACUGUCAUUGUUUGACUUCACCUUCGUCUAAUGGAUGGUCCAUUUCUUCACUGGCUUUCACUGUGUCUCUUCAGCAGUAGGUGGACAUAACAUUUCUCCUUACGGUCAUUGACGUGCUGUUGCCUGCAAACGUUCUCCUCCAGUUCCUGAGCCCUUUUUCUCACUCUUGGAUUCGAGUGGUCACUCCAUUGCCACUCUUACUACUUCUUAUAUGUCGGCGUAAACACUUACUAAAACCGUUGGCUUGUCCAGCUGUGAUCAGGAACUUUAAAGCUGAGGGACGUUCGAGGUUCAGAAUCUCCCGUCGAGGACCAAGAAGGAGAACUUUAGAAUGUGGAUCGGUAACACUAGAUUCCUCCACCCAUUUAAAGCACUACAUAGAUAAAGGAUUACCUUUUAUGUGUCCAAGCCAUUGAAAAGGGCCAUGUUGCUCACACAGUCCCAGUAGAGUCUCACGUACUGAGAGCUCUGGUAGGUUUUGGGUGAUCGUGGAACCCUUUCAGUGCAGUGACACUGAGUAAACUUGCUAACAUCACAGCCAAUGAGGGAAGAAACGUUGACUAAACUUAUUCAACCCAUAACUAUGAUAUAUCUUCACCUCUAUCUUCUAAUCCUAAAGCUUAACUGUUAACAGUAGUCUUCAAAGCUAUACUUGUCUCUGGAUGAUUUCAAACCCAAGUAUCUGCGUUGUAGCCCCCCUCAAUCUCAUUGAACUCCCCACACAGGGAUGAAAUAUAUAAUGGCAUACGUACGGUAUCCCUCCUCUCCACUUCAGCUAUCAGCAGCUUCACCAAGGCUCAAAAUCCUGAUAGAGUUGAAGGUAUGUAUACAGAAAAACAAAUAAUCCAAAAAAAAAAAUACAAAUAAGUCCAUCAUCUGCCUUUUGUUCCAUUUCGUUGUAGGAAAUUCACUCAAGGUAAGGUGAAAAACUUCAAAAUGUGAAAAGAGUAUAUAAUAUAAUAUAUUUAAUAUAAAAGUUAUAAAAUAUUGUACAACUGCACCACCGCUGUACAUUUUUGCCAAAAUGUGCACAUGUGCAUCUUUUGUUUACAAUUUAAGCACUUUUUUUUUUCUUCUUCUGUCUCCUCCUCUUUUUUUCUCUUUUUUGCUUUUUUUGUAAAGAAUUGAAAUUAAACAUCUUGUACAUUAUUAUAAUUAUUAUUAUGAUUAUAUGACUAUAAUUAUUGUUUUUUCCAGCAGUGCUCUUUUAACUGUUGGAAAAAAACAGACAGUUGCACAUUCUCCUGAGCAUACUCUUACUGCGCUACAAUGAAUAAAAAAAGACAAAAAAAAGAAGAGAAAAAAAAAUCCAAACUAUUAAAUAUAUUAAUAAUUACCUGCCUGUUACUUAAGAGAAAAAAGUAUCUAUAUAUGAUGAAAGAACACACCUGUAUACUGUAGACUAAUCUGUAUGGCAAUCUAAGAAUUUACUGGGAAAAUAAGUCAACACUUUUUGUCUGUAUAAAAAAACAAUCAAAGUAUUCUACAAUAAUAACUUUGACCAGUGUC